CGGAUUUUACAGAUAGAAAAAAAAACUCGGUUGUUUUCUCCUCUGUUCUUUUCAUUGACAACGCUCCAAACUUUCGCUUUAAGAAGGCGCGUCUACGCUGCGGUGUGUUUAUCACAGCCCUUAAAGUGGCACAUGGAAACCAAAGCUGAUCGGUGCAUAUAGAGGAAACCUCCGGCAUUUCUGCUUAGUGAGAGGAAACGCUUCCGUGAGGCUGAUCCACGGAGCGUGUUGUGUUCUGGUUGUGGGUAUAUAUGCGGCAGCCCCCACACCGCGCCGCGCCGCGCCGGGGGGGAAAGGAUCAGCAGAUUCCGACAGAUGGACGGACUGGUGGUGGGCUCGAGAUUUAAAGGAAGCAUGGAAUAGUCAGCCGUCAGAAAGGUGCAGCACAUUGAAGUGGCAUGGAGGCACCGCCGGGGACGAGCUGCUGUGAGCCCACCUUGGCCAAUUGGGAGUGACCGAGUCGCCAAACUGGUUGGGAUGGCAGCAUCCAGUAACUCAAGCCUUUCAGGUUCAUCGGUUUCCUCUGAUCCUGAUGACUAUCAGCCACCCAUAUGGAAGUCAUACUUGUACCAGCUCCAGCAGGAAGCUCCAAGACCAAAGAGGAUCACAUGUCCUCAGGAGAUGGAGAGCAGACCCAAGUACUAUGGCAGAGAAUUUCAUGGGAUGAUAUCUCGAGAAUAUGCAGAUGAGCUGCUGGCAGACAAAGAGGGUGCGUACCUCAUCAGGGAGAGCCAAAGACAGCCAGGGACUCACACCUUGGCCUUAAGCUUUGGACACCAGACCCUCAACUACAGGUUGUUUUAUGACGGGAAGCACUUUGUCGGAGAGAAGAGGUUUGAGUCCGUCCAUGACUUGGUGACAGAUGCCCUCAUCACCCUUUACAUUGAGACCAAGGCAGCGGAGUACAUCGCCAAAAUGACCACCAACCCGAUCUAUGAGCACCUUGGCUACACGUCGCUGCUCAAAGACAAAAUGGUGCACAGGCUGAGCCGUGGACGCACGGAGCCUCGCAGGGUCACCUUCCAGAGUGAUGACAGGAUCUCCUCACCUGUGGUGCGACGGAGUGCCUUGAAAGACACGCCUGAGAAGCUGAGCUCCUAUGAAAAGAUUCACAACUUCAAGGUACAUACCUUCCGUGGGCCACACUGGUGCGAGUACUGUGCCAACUUCAUGUGGGGCCUCAUUGCCCAGGGUGUCCGUUGCUCAGACUGUGGCCUGAAUGUACACAAACAGUGCUCCAAACUGGUUCCCAGUGACUGCCAGCCGGACCUGCGCAGAAUUAAGAAAGUGUACAGCUGUGAUCUCACCACCCUUGUCAAAGCUCAUAACACCACAAGACCCAUGGUGGUGGAUAUGUGCAUUCGAGAGAUAGAACUCAGAGGUAUGAAAUCUGAGGGUCUGUACAGAGUAUCUGGCUUCUCAGAGCACGUUGAGGAUGUUCGACUUGCUUUUGACCGAGAUGGUGAGAAGGCGGAUAUCAGUGCCAGUGCCUAUGCAGACAUCAACAUAAUUGCUGGUGCUUUGAAGCUCUACUUGAGAGACCUUCCCAUUCCAGUCAUUACAUUUGACUUGUACUCCAAAUUUAUUCAAGCUGCAAAACUUCCAAAUGCUGAAUCCAGACUGGAGGCGAUACAUGAGGAAUUGCUACAGCUUCCCCCGGCACACUAUGAAACCUUACGUUACCUGAUGGCUCACCUCAAAAGGGUAACAACAUUCGAAAAGUACAACCUAAUGAAUGCAGAGAACCUGGGAAUUGUCUUCGGCCCGACUCUUAUGCAGCCUCCGGAGCAGAACGCGUUGACAACCCUGAAUGACAUGAGGCAGCAGAAACUGGUGGUGCAGCUCAUGAUCGAACAUGAAGAUGUCUUAUUUUGAGGGCAAAGGGCUUCAGAAUUGGAGGCGAUGAACAAUUAUUUAUUCUGUCAAAGAGGAAAGUCAAGCCAACUGUAUUAAAGUGAUACUCUGAAAUGUUUGCGAUCAAACCGCAUAUGAAACGCUUUGUAUUUUAUUUUAUUUAAUUUUUUGGCAUGAUGGAUUUAGUUGGUUUUGUUGUUCCUGUAAGUUUGGGGUUUGCAAACUCAGCCAAGAGCACCAUUUUUUUACAUGAGGCAAUAGUUAUGUAUUUUCUUUUUUUUUUUGUUUACGUUAUUUGUUCCCUAAGUUUAUAUCUUAAAGGCUGUUGCUACCUGGUGUAGAUCAGUCAGGAUGAGAGCACCAUGUGAUAUACAGCACCCUCCACACUUAUUGCCCCAACCUCCUUUUAAAGAUGUCUUAAAAUAAACGAAUCUUGCUAUUAAGACUUAACUAUUCUUCCCAAAAUUACCAGGACCACAUUUAUUGGCUCCCCUGAUUUCAAUAUUCUUCACAACCCCAUUCUGAAAAUAGAACAGCUCUUACUCUUCCUCAAGAGUUGGUUUCUUUCUUUGCCUCACUGUGACGAAACUUGGAUCCACAUCCAGCCUUUUACGUCACAGUUUCAAAAAUGGUUAGGUGACAUUUAUUUUAUAGUAACAGUUUGGGGUAGUAAAAUGGAUGGCAGACUAGGCUGAGUAAGUCUACUCAAAUUAAAGGUAGGAUUUUCAAAGUGAAGUUAUUUUAAGGCUCUUUAACAUCUUUACAAAGGGUGGAGGCAAAAGGUGCAGAGGACACUGUAGGACUAGUGUGGAUCCAAAUUGAAGAAGGCCUGGUGCUGUUUAAUCUGAACCUUGCAGGUCAGCCAAAUUUAUGCUCACCUGCAUUUUGUGGGAACACUGGAAUGGUACAAUGUAGAUAGAGUCAGACUUAACUUGUGUACUUAAAAAAAAAGAAAGAAACAAGACAUUCAUAAAGCACUUUUUUUGCAUCAAUUGUAAAGAUUUAUUUUGUAAAGAUUUUCGUGCUCCAUAGUUUAUAUAUACAAGUUCUUGGAAAUGCUUGUUGGUGGACCUGCAGAAGGGUCAAAUCAGAAAUGACACAUCAGAAGAAGGCAGACAGUUUCAGGAUCCAUCAUUUAUGCGGAUAUGAUGACAUUGUGUCUCUUGAAGGGUGCAACACAUGUGCCAGACUCCUAUGUGCACAUUUUGGUUGGUAGUGUUGCAAAGUUUGAGUGUGCAGACUAUUACUGGGGAUUUGUUCGAGUAAAGUGGUGUUUUUUUUAAAUAUACAUUUUGUUAUUUUAAGCCAGUAACAUCGCUCGAUGACGACCACAACCACCACACGAGGGCCCAAAGUGACGCCUGUGCCAAGCAUGUUCCUUUAUCACUUGGUUUAAUGUGAUUGUUGAAUCCUUUCUACAGAUCCAUUUUAUCAAAAUGUAUUUUUGUGACAGUUGCAAUUCAAAUGUAAUUUAUGAAAUGAUGUUUUAUUAAAGAAGGUAAAACUUGA